GUUGUGAACCUAAUUCAAUGUUUGGUGGUCUAAAAUGAUAAAAUAAGCAAAGUUUGGCAAUUUUCAAUUUCCUGGCGCUCUUUUCCAGGAUAAUUUUCUUGUACUUUUUUAGCAAAUACUGCUUGGAAGCUAAACAACUGCUUUCACCACUGCGUGUUUUUUAACUCCGAAUAGAAUCCGAUUCCUUUGCUGUUGGGAAUAGCUUGAAAUCUCCAAGAACACGGCCAUGUGGGUGUAGUAAACGCAUUAACCCCAAAAGCCAAAAAGGAAAAGAAAAUCUAUCAUUCUUUACCAGUGGUUGGUGUUGAUUUCAUAAUGAAAGAACAAACAAGAGUAACUAGAUUCCAGUUCUAGAGGGGGAAAAAGAUCAAUUAUUCUCCUUACCUUUGAAGAAUCUCAGGUUCAAGUGCUUUCUCUUCCUCUCAUAUCUGGCUCGGACUGAAUUAUAUGUUAAAAAACAGAAAACUUUGAAACUUUUCCAUGGAGUUUUGCACUUUGUUUUUACUGAUAUCAUGUCUUUCAUGGAGUUUAUUUGUUUUAUGUGACUCUCAAUUACAAACCUCUCAAAGCCAAGUUCUCCUUCAGCUAAAGAAGCAUUUGGAGUACCCAAAGCAACUUGAGAUAUGGUACGAUAGAAAAACAGAAUUUUGUUCUUUACCACCAUCUGCAAACUUGAACAUCACAUGCGAGUUCAACUCAGUCACUGAGCUCAAUAUAAUGGGAGAUAAGCCUGCAACUAAGGCUAGUGAUUUUGCUGGUUUCCCAAUACCAAACAAGACUUUAUCACACAGCUUUUCAAUGGAUUCUUUUGUUACAACUCUUUCAAGGCUUUCAAGCUUGAAGACUCUCAGUUUAAUCUCUUUAGGCAUUUGGGGUCCUCUUCCUGAUAAAAUCCGUAGGUUAUCUUCACUUGAAUACUUGGAUUUGAGCUCAAAUUUCCUCUUUGGUUCAAUCCCUCCCAAAAUGUUCACAUUAUUGAAGCUUCAAACUUUUGUAUUGGAUGAUAAUGUGUUUAAUGAUACAGUUCCAAGCUGGUUAAACUCUUUGCCAAAUCUGACAACUCUGAGGAUGAAGAAGAAUAGAUUGAAAGGUCCAUUUCCAUCUUCAAUAGAGGGUAUUAAAACACUUGUUGAUCUUGAUUUAUCUAGCAAUGAAAUCUCAGGGGAUUUGCCUGAUCUUAGCAGCUUAACAAAUCUGAAACUGCUUGAUUUGAGGGGAAACAAAUUGGGUUCUCAUCUGCCAACAUUACCUAAAGGGUUGCUUAUGGUUUUCCUCAACAACAACUCUUUCACGGGGGAAAUCCCAACACAAUAUGGCCAAUUAAAUCAGCUUCAACACAUUGAUGUGUCAUUUAAUAUGUUAACUGGCAAACCUCCACCUGAACUUUUCUCCUUACCAAGCCUCGCUCACUUGAAUUUAGCAUCAAAUACAAUGAAAGGCUCCCUUCCAGACAAUCUAAACUGUGGGAGAAACCUUGAGUUCGUUGAUAUAUCAAACAAUAGGCUAAUGGGAAGCUUGCCUUCUUGUUUAAACUCUGAAACAAGAGAUAACAGAGUUAUUAAGUUCAGUGGCAAUUGUUUAUCCAUUGCCGGACAUCAUCAGCAUCCAGAAUCAUAUUGCAGAGAAUUUAAAGUUCAUGUUUAUAAGAGCAAUAAUGGUGGCAAGGGCAUAGGAGUAUCGGUUGGUCUCAUUGUUGGAAUUGCAGUUCUCAUUGUACUUUUGGCUAUUGGCCUUCUCAUUGUGUGUCGAAGAUACUGCCCUCGCGUGAUAUCGGAGCAACAUUUACUGCAGAAAUCAGUACCAGAGAACUCAACAGCAGGGUUAUCAUCUGAGAUUUUAACCAAUCCAAAUUGUUCUUCAGGACAUGUUUUUGAAUCUUCAAAGUCGGAGGUACAAAUUCUUCCAAGUUGUCGAUCAUUCAGUCUGGAAGAGUUAAAGGAAGCUACAAACAAUUUCGAUAGCUCGGCUUUUCUCGGCGAAGGUUCAUACGGAAAGAUUUUCAAAGGGUUAUUAAAGAAUGGAACCCAAGUUGCUAUAAGAUGCCUGCCCACAUCCAAGAAAUACUCGAUCCGUAACCUGAAACUCAGGUUGGAUAUGCUGGCGAAGAUUCGACACCCACAUUUGGUUUGCAUUUUGGGGCACUGCAUUGAAGUUGAACAAGAUGAUCAUUGCAGUAUAAACAGAGUCUUCUUCGUGCUUGAAUAUAUUCCUAAUGGGAAUUUUCGUUCUCAUCUCUCUGAAAAUUCUCCUGGAGAAGUUCUCAGUUGGCCUGAACGAUUAGCAGUUCUGAUAUGCGUUUGCAAGGCAGUGCAUUUCUUGCAUACUGGAGUUAUUCCUGGUUUCUUCCACAACAGAUUGAAGACAACUAACAUCUUGAUCAAUGAACAUCGAUUGGCAAAGUUGGGUGACUAUGGGCUAUCAAUUAUCUCCGAAGAAACGGGCAACUAUGGGACAAAAGGACAGGAACCUAAAUCAUGGCAAAUGACAAGAUUAGAUGAUGAUGUUUAUAGCUUUGGACUCAUCUUGCUGGAAUCAAUGCUUGGUCCUUCCGUACCUGCUAAAACAGAGGCGACUCUACGAGGUGAAUUGGCAUCAUUAAGCAAGCAGGAAGGGCGUGUAAGGUUGAUGGACCCAGUAGUGUUAGCGACGUGUUCAGAAGAAUCAAUAACAGUGGUGAUUAGCUUAACAUAUAAGUGCAUUUGUCCAGAAUUGUGGAGCCGCCCAACUUUCGAUGACAUCCUUUGGAAUUUGCAACAUGCUGCACAUCUCCAACCAAAUAUUUCCCAUGCUUAACAAUAGGUUGGUUCAAUCACUGUAUAUAUAUAUAUAGUUCUUUCCAUGUGAUAAUUUCAUUAAAAUUAUGAUAUUGUAAUCGGUUUUUUAUCAAUUGGAAUCCAAUUUUUUAGCUGCUGAA